AUGGAGUACUAUCUUCUCCAACCCGUUUGUUUUUCGCGACUGUGCUUAGCUGUAGUUGUUCACAGUGAUGGAGGAAAGAUCAGAUCAUUGAUUUCGUCACUUUUAGCAAAUUUCACCUCGAGUGGUACAAUGUUGUCUAAAAUGCGGGAUAAAUUGCCUGUAGAAGACAGCGCUGAAGAGCCGUUGACUGAGGUGCAUGCAAUCCCGCGAUCGCUUCUUCGUGUCUUACGCGAAAAGCGCAAACGUUCAAAGACCGAGGAUUUCGAUUCUACGGAUGCAGAGGGUUCUGUCCGCUCUAGCUCCUCCGCGCUAUCUUCCACUUCGUUAGAAUCCAAAUCCAAAUCCAAAUCCAAAUCCAAAUCCAAAUCCAAAUCCAAAACGGCAUCAUCCACGUCUUCUUCUCCGUCUUUGGAGGCGGUUUCUGACUCUGCUUCCACGGCCGUUUCAUCGCAGAGCGUUUCCGUGGAGGAUGAGGCGGACUCGGACGAUGCAUCCCCGCGGAAAUCAUCAAGGAAAUCCUCGCGGAAGUCCAGUCGGAAGUCCUCGUCGAAGCUUCGAAGCGAGGAAUCGGAGAAACCGGAGAAACCGGAGAAACCGGAGGAGGAUGAAGAAGGGAAAUACGCAGAAGGGAAAGGAAAAACCAGCGAAAAGAAAGAAAGAGAAGCCAAUGGGAAGAAAGAAAAGAAAGAGAAUGGGUUGAACGAAGAGAAAGAGGAAAAAGAACUCAAUGAGAAAGAGGAAAAAGAAAAAGAGAAGGAGAAGAAAGAGAAAGAGGAAAAGGAGAACGAUGAGGAUGCUGCUGGUCCCGAUGAGAAAGAGGAAAAAGAAAAAGAAAAAGAGAACGAGGAUGAGGAUGAAAUGAAGGAAGCGGACAAGUCAUCGAAGCCAUCGAAGCCAUCCAAGAAAUCAAAGAAAUCCGCGAAGCUGACAGAAGACGAAAACGAAAACGACGACGACGAUGAAAGCGAAGCAAAACCGCGGAACCCGGCCAACCCAAAAAUAAUCGCGAAAGACGACGACAUUUUCGGCAAUUCCGAGGACGAAACCGGGGAAACCGGGGAAACCGAUGAUGAAACUCCCAAACGGGGCGCGAUGCUGCAUCUUGCUCACGGAAAGCUCGGAAGCGGAACCUACGGUGUUGUUUAUAUGGCCAGGGAGAGAAAGAAGGACGGAUCCAUCGUGGCUAUCAAAAUCAUGCAUACACAAAAGGAAGGCAACUACGAUUGUCUCACUACGAUUAGUCAGUUACGAGAAAUCAAACUAAUCAAAGAAUUACACCAUCCCAACAUUGUGAUCGAAAGGGAGGUUUUGUACAAUUACUCCAUCAAGGAACUCGCGAUCGUCUAUGAAUAUGGUAUGUUGGCGCUAAGAACAGUUUCAAACAAAGCCGAUUACGAUCUCCACGAUUUCAUUCGCUCUUUCGCCAACGCAAAUCGCGCCAUCCCUCUGUUCAUCAUCCGAAGCUUUUUAUGGCAGAUCCUCAAUGCGACUGCCUAUCUCCACUCCCACUGGAUUAUGCAUCGCGAUUUGAAGCCCACCAAUCUGCUCAUUCAGGAUAACGAGACCCAGCACGGUCUCAUCAAGAUCACCGAUUUCGGCUUGGCUCGCAGCUUCCAGGAGCCUCCCGUCCCCUUCAAUGAACUAGAACGCGUCGUUGUUACGCUCUGGUACCGUGCACCCGAGCUCUUGCUGGGAUGUCGCACCUACGGACCGGCGAUUGACCUUUGGGCGAUCGGCUGCAUUUUCGCGAAGAUGCUGAAUCUGCGCGAUUUGUUCUGCGGCGAGGAAGUAAAAUCAGCCGCCGAGAAGCAUCCAUUCCAGUCAAACCAGUGCGAAAAAAUCUUCUCGAUUUUGGGACUUCCUUCAAUCUACGAUUGGCCCGAAUUGAAGGGAGCAGAUCAUUACGCGAAGAUUAGUCGUUGGGGGUUUGAUAAGCGGCUCGCUUCAACUUCUUCGCUGCAGAAUUAUGUGCGGGGAAUCGAAUCCGACAGCGAGGCGUUCGAUUUGCUACGAAGACUGUUAAUGAUUAACCCGAAGAAGCGAAUCACCGCUGCGGAAGCGUUGAAUCAUCCGUUCUUUAAAGACGUACUUUUCUGUUAG